CCUCCUCCUCCUCCCGUGCCUUACGGCGCUGCCCGCUCCGGGGAGUCUGCGGGAGGUCACUCGCUCCUCUCUCGGCCGCCGCUGCCUGACGGACUCAGGGGAGGCCGGGGCCUCCUCCUCCUUUUUUUCCUCUUGAGGGAGGGAGAAGGGGAGGCGAGGCGGGAUGUGGCGCGUGCUGGCGAGGCGCGUGGCCCAGCAAUGCGCGGCCCCGCGGAGGGCGCCUGGGGCGAGCUUGGAGGGGGCCCCUUGGCGGGGCCGCGCCUCCUGGGGGGCCGUCGCCGGUGGUAGCGGCGGCGGCGGCGGCGGCCUCGCCUCAUGGGGGCCCCGCCGGGGGGGAGAGGCGCCGCUGUUCCUUCAGGAAGGGAAGGCCCGGCUCCAGCCCGGCCCCGCCCGGCAUUGGUGCAGCUACCCGGCCCACCAGAAGGUGAGUGGAGCCCGCAUUUGUGCAGGGGACCUCCCCUUCGGUGGCCCCGGGCUGGGAGGAUCGGGCGGGGGGGGGGCGGAUCCUCCACUCAUAGGGACUGGGAGAUCCUCUCACGGUUGGUAUGGGGUGGGUUCCUUCUCCCGGUUGGGAAGGCUGCGGGCUCGGCAGAAGACCUGCUUGGCAGGCAGAAACGAAGGUCAUGCGAAGGUAAGAAGCGCCUGGCUGCUGGGUGAGGCCGGACAGCCCCCCAUUUCCCAGCCCAGCAUCUGGGUCUCAGCCCGGUGCCCUAACGGGAAGCCUGUGCAAGCGGGGCUUGAGCUCAGCAGCCCCCUCGGUUUUUCUUCCCUCCUGCAAAUCCCGUAGUCCGGGAUGGUGGGAGUCGCACAGAAGCAUUUGGGGGGCCUCAGCGUUGAAGAAACCUGGUGUACACAAGUCUAGAGCUAGGUGGACCCCAAUGGUCUGGGUACGGCGGUAGGGCAGUUUCUUUUGCUGCUUUUUGAAUCAUGCCUUCAUUUAGAGCCACGGGGGACUGGAAUCUUUAUUUUUAGGGGAAGGAGCAGAGCUCAGUUGGUAGAACGUGGAUGGGCUUUGCAUGCAAAAGGUCCCAUGUACCAAAUCUUCUAGCAUCUUUUGGUAGGGUGAGAAAUACACCUGCCUGACAGGUUGGAGAGUCAUUGCCCGUCACAGUACUGAGCACGAUAGAUUCAUAUCUUGAGGCAGCUUCCAGUGCUUUUGUUAUUCAUAAUGAUGAAGGCUGGAAUCUGCGUUUAAUUUUUUUUAUUUAUGAAAGGUCAUCUCUCAGUGACAAAGCACAUGCUUUUCUAUGCAAAAGGUCCUUGUCUGCAUCACCAGGAAGGACUGGGGAAGACCUUUAAUUUGAAACCCUUUGGAGCUGUUGCCAGUUGUUGCAGCCGAUCCUGAGGUGGAUGGACUGAGGCUAUUGCUUGGGAUAAGGCAGCUUUCUAUGUUUUCAGAUUCUUUCUUCCCUUUCCCCGGGACUUCCUAAUGCUAUACUGGAAGGAAGGAAGGGUUGAGUCUAGUUCAGUGUUCCCAGUUUGGAUAUGGAUGGCUUCUCCUCAUUAGAGGUGUUUAGGGUCCCCCCACCCCCAGUCUUCUCUGUAUUUAUUGGUGGUAUUUGGAUCAGUUAUUCUAUCCUGCUCAUGGGUCUUCCUCCCAUUCACACACACACACUGUGCUUUUCUGCUGUUAGCAACCCCAUAAGUGUUGUGUGUGUGUGUAGUGGUUCUUCAGAUAUGUGGUCUCCUGGCCUCUGCUUCUCACCUUAGAUAUAAAAAGUAAGACUUGAUUAGAGUAACCCCUUUCUUAAAGAUGGACUCAGUUUAUUGAAGUGGCCUUUCCCAAUGAUGGGCAUACUGAGGACCCAUAAUUGAUUGUUGAUGUUCAUUCAUUGAGCCUGAACAUCUGCUACAGGGCAGCCUAUGUACAUAGAUCUCUUACUUAUUCUGGGACCCUGUAUGAUGGGAGUUCCAAAGUGCAUGGAAAUCUCUGUAUGUAAGUUUCCCCAGUGCAGAUAGAUACCUAUCUAUGUGUGCUCUUGUGCUCAUGUUCUGCUUUGGGGCUUUCCAUAGGCAUCUGGUUUGACACUCGAAAAACUUAGUGUUGGAGUAGAUAGGCUUUUGAUCGCAUUCAGCAAGGCUCUUGCAUUCUUACAUUCUGCUUUUCAGCCUCUUUGUCUAGCAUGAAAAUGCAGGCUAGGGUUUUGUUUUUGUUUUUUGGCAGGCUAAUCACUUGUGUGGGUUUAUUUAUAAGGUCAAUAUAGGGGCUUACAAUCCAGAACUUGGGGAUCUUUCUUUACUAUGAGGUACCCUGGGACUUCUGUCCGUUUCCUCUAUGAAUUACAUCUCCACCCAAGACCUAUUAAUAAUGGCAUUCUGUAGUCCUAUGAGAAAUGAAGACAACUGGCCUGCAUGGAAAUUUAGACGGAUGAAGUGGGGUUUUUUAAUAUUGAUUUGUGCUGUUUUUAACGUUUCAUUGACUGUUUUUGUAUUUUGAUUGAUUGUUCUCUACCCACGGGUGUCUUUUUUGUAUAUAAAUGUAUUUUAUUGAUUGGCCCUAGGGUUUUAUAAUGAUGAAUAGGAUAUUGCUCCUAUGCCUGGAGCCCUAUUUUCUUCUGCACAAAUUAAGGCUCCUUGUGAAGGGGACAUGCUGGUGGGUGCUUGUCAAUACCUGUUGAGGCUGAAAUUCCAGGGUGGAAAAUUGAUGACCUUAACAACCUGUUUCUUUGUAGGUGCCUUUGCCAGCUCUCUCUCCUACGAUGCAGAUGGGGACUAUUGCACGAUGGGAGAAGAAAGAAGGGGACAAGAUCAAUGAGGGGGAUCUGAUAGCAGAGGUACCUUGAAAUGUCAUUUUUAUUAAGUAGUGUCUGAGCAAGCUGUUGGAAUUGAGUUCCUAGGAACAUCUUGGAGGGAUGUCAGUCUCCUUCAUCGCCUAAUACUUUCUCCUGACUACCUGUGCUUAAGAGGGAGGAGGAUGUCGAUUUCACUGGCAUCUUUUUCUUUUCUUUUCUUCUGAUGGUGUACGUUGCUAAUAUGAGGUUGAUGAGGUGUAGGUCAAGAAAAUAGGAUGUUUCUUUACUGUAACAACUUUGCUAUGUUUGUGAAGGUAGAGACAGACAAAGCUACUGUGGGAUUUGAGAGCCUGGAAGAAUGUUACUUGGCCAAGAUCCUGGUGCCAGAAGGAACGCGGGAUGUUCCCAUUGGAGCCAUAAUCUGCAUCACUGUGGACAAGUGAGUAGAGCUAGGACCAUCUUUGUAGAAUUCCCGUUUUGCUAAUGUUUGUUUUAGUGUCCUUCACUUCUCCCCCACCCCACAAUCUCUGCCCUACCUUUGCCAAACUACUCCUUCUAGGACAGCUUCCCAAAGUAUCUCUUUGUCACACCAUCCUCCUCUCCAUUCAGAUUAAAACUCUCUUCAAACCCUCUUCGGCAGCAAAAUCUUUUCUAGGCCCCCCUUGUGUUGUAUUGGCUAGCCCUCUUCUUGGCCUUUGCCUCCUUAGUGAUAAAAUCUCUUAAUAUGAGAGGGGUUCAAAUCUAAUUGGAAGGCCCUUGCCCAAAUUCCUAAGAUGUAUGGAGCCUGCUUGCCAUUCAGUGGUCUGAAAGACACUCCAAAUGUGAGCAGAGGCACCCUUAUGUUCUAUGUUCUGUUAUAUUGGGGCAGGUUCUGGGGCUGAGUCCUGGCUUAAAUUACGCUCUGCUUCUCCCUUUCAAGCCCAGACCUCUGCUCUUUCUCCUGUCCACUUUGCUUGGUCUAGAAACCUUCUGGGCAGGGCCACAUCUCUUCUGUAUUCUGUACUGCUGCAUGCUUCAGUGUGUUGUUGGGACAUGCAGGUGUUAUCCAGCAGAGCUGUGAGGCCUUCUGGGUGGCUGAGUUAUAUUUUUAGGCAUAUCGUAUCUUUGCACUUGCUCAAGGCUCCUUCCUGCCUUCUCCUAGGCCUGAGCUUAUUGAUGCCUUUAAGAGUUACACUUUGGAUUCUUCAGCAACUGCUCCACCAGCCUCAGUGCCUCCUCCUCCUCCUCCUCCAGCAGCAGCAGCUCCCCCCACGCCAGCAGCUCAGCCCUCUGCUCAAGCUCCAGGCAGCUCCUAUCCUCCUCACAUGCAGGUACGGUACAGGCCCUAUUUACUAUUUCUCUUACUGUAUCUCUCUCUCUCUGUGUCCUUUAUCAUUUAUUCUUCUUUUGUCUUCAAACUUUAUCCCUGUUUCCAUGCUGCAAAAACAAUGCAAGCUGUGAGCUUGCAUUUGCUACAGCAGGAGAAGCAGAACUGCCUUUAAAGGACGGUGGAAAUGGAGGAUGAAAAGUUUCUGCCCUUGGCAGAUUGGCACAUGUCUGUGUGUGGGGCAACUAUUUACUUAUUUAUUUUUAUUUAUCACAAUUAUAUCCUACCUUUUCUCCAUGGAGCUCAAACUGGCAUACUCCUUCCACAGCCCCACUCAUUUCAUCCUCGCAACAACCCUGGGGGGUAGGUUAGGCUGAGACACUGUGACUUUCCCAAGGUCACCCAAUGAGUUUCAUAGCCGAGCAGGGAUUUGAACCCUCAUCUCCUAGGUCCUAGUGCAACACUAACUACAACACCACAUUGACUCAAUUAGUGGUAUUAGCUGGUUGACUUUGCUCCCUACCAAGAGAAAACACACACACACGUUGUGCUAACUAACAUGCCCACUGCUAGAGAGUGAGGAAGUUUCUUUGGGUGCCAGAGAAUGUCCUCUACCUUAUCCUCUACAAUGCUGUAGGAGGAGGAGGAGGAAUGACCACUCAGUUCACUGUCCAUGGAGCAGUUAUGUCCUGUUUCCCUCCUUUCAAUCAAGCAUUGUGUCACGAAGACUGAGGACUGUAACCACACUGUUUGGCCUUGCCUUUUGGAUUGAGGAUGGUUGCUGUUUGGUUUUAAGAGAUCUGUUCAUACAAGCUUUUGUACUCUCUACUUCCCUAGAUUCUUCUCCCUGCCCUCUCACCCACAAUGACAAUGGGCACAGUUCAGAGAUGGGAAAAGAAGGUUGGUGAAAAGCUAAGUGAAGGAGACUUGUUGGCAGAAAUUGAGACAGACAAAGCUACGAUAGGUGAGAAGCUUUUAAAUCCUAAACAAAUAAAGCUUUGGAGCAAGGUUGGGGAACUUGUGGCUCGUCCAAAGUGGCUGGAUCCCAGCUCCCAUCAGUCUCAGGCAGCCAGCGUGGCCAGGGGUAGUGGGUGUUCUGGUCCAUUAACAUUUGCAGGGCUGCAGGUUCCCCUUCCCUAGUUUGGAAGAUUCUUUACUAUUCACAUUUCAUAAAGAAUAUGUAAUGCAGUCAAGAUUCCCUUCUCUCCUCACAGCAUUGGCUGAUACUGAGCAAUCUAAAACAUUACCCUAUCUCACUACAGCAUCAGGUGCUCCAGGCCUGUUAUCUUAUUACAUGCAGAUCUCUCCUCAGUUAGAAGAACUCUGUGGAUUACAUCUUCCAGAUUUCUUAAUUUCAAUAUUUUAUUUUGUAAAUAAUACACAAUUAACUUAUUUGCUGGAAUCCCUCUCUCCAUAGUGGGAUUGUGAAGUUUCCUUCAGUAUUGGUCUCCGUAGUGAUUGUUUCCCUAAACAAUUUAUCUCCGCUUAAGGCUUUGAAGUACAGGAAGAAGGUUACUUGGCAAAAAUCUUGGUGUCCGAAGGCACGAGAGAUGUGCCCUUAGGAACUCCCCUCUGCAUCAUUGUGGAGAAAGAGUCUGACAUUCCAGCAUUUGCAGACUACAAGGAUGCUGGAGUAGCAGAUAUCAAGCCUCCGGUGCUGCCACCACCUCCAAGUCCUGUAAGUACAACCUGCAUCUGUGAUACCUCUGAUGGGGAAAUGUAUCUGUUGGGUAGCCCCAUGUAAUCAGCUGGAUCCAAGAAUUUUGGACUUUUGCUUCUCCUGUGCAGGAAGAUUUUGUUGCUCUAGAAAUUAUCUCCACAUAGGAGAGAUGCAGGAUUGCUUCUACAACCUGAUCAACUGUGUGCUGCCUGUUUUCAUAUAUUUGCAAGGAAAGGGGCUACAAGACAGCUUAGAAAGAAACCUUUCCUAUCUGCCUGCUAAAUUUUGUUCUUCAGAGGAUUGGGGAGCUUUUCCUGAGUCACUGAGGCUGUUUUGCCCACUUCCCAACGUAUGUGAUUUUUUCCCCAUUCAGUACACUCCUCUCUCUCUCGGGCCUCUUCUAAGUAAGAUGUCCAGCUCCCAUUAGGACCCUGCGUUCUUGGGUCAUGCAUGUAUUAGCGCAAUUCCACUGUGGUACUGUGUACUGGACUUGAGCGGCUGGCACUGUGCCUCAUGCCAAACACCCGUCCAUCUAGUCAAUCACAGGUUGGAACAUUGGGGAAUUCCCAUGAGCCUCCAUGUAUUGGCAUCUAACUAAACAUUUGGCCUUCUCUUUUCUGUUAAGGCAGCGGCAGCAACACCUACUCCUUCUUUUCCAUCCCAGCCAGCGGCCCCUCCUUCAGCUAAGGUUCCUGGACAAAAAGGGAGGGUAAUAGUCAGCCCUCUGGCAAAGAAACUGGCAGCAGAGAAAGGAAUUGACCUUUCACAGGUGAAAGGUGAGUGGCCAUCCCCAGGAUACUUUUGUCACUCCACAUCCCCAGUUCAUUUGGUUAGCUCUUCCUGGAAACCCUUUCCCUUUUGUGUGUCCUCUCCAGGCACGGGACCAGAUGGACGGAUAACAAAGAAAGACAUUGAGUCGUUUGUGCCAUCAAAGGUUGCCCCGGUGAGUAGCGCACAGAAAUGCAGCUUCUUGAUGUUUUUGCCUUGGUUGCAUCAAAGUUAUAUAUUUGACAAGGCUAAACCUUUACUGAAGUCUGCCUCCAAUGUAUUAUUUUAACUGGGGCUUUCCCUCUGAACUUGACCUGAGUGCCGAUGUUUCAGCCUUGGGAUGUGAGAAAAUGGCUUGCAGCACAUUCCAGGUGUCUGUCCCUCAGUAUGCCAACUGGUCAAAUGGUUCUAUGCCCAGGUGCUUUUUGUUUUCGAAGUCCAGAACUGCUUGCACCUCCUGUGCCAAUUUGGCAUUCUCUUAGAGAUACUUCUUGAGAAAUGUGAUGCUGAUGUAGUAUUUCAUCUGACUUUGUAAAUGUAGCUACAUGGAAUUAUGUACGGAUAAAUUCUUCAAAUAUUUCUGAUCACUAUUGUAGGUUGUGCAUUGCUGGUACAGUAUGCAUGGAUACACCUGCGUACAACUUCCUCACCAGUGCCCCAGUGCCUUUAAGACUCCUAUUUUUACUUUCCCCACCAACCACACUGAGCCCCUUCUGAUGGAAAUUUUGCUUUCAUAAACAGAAAUGGACUGUAAAUUAGGUUGAUGGCACAAGCAUAGGAAUUAGAAGCUGUGUUCUGUAGGCUGGAGAAAAUAAGGUAGUGGGAAGGAAGCAUGGGUCUCGAAGCUGUUCUCUUUUAUAUGUGUGAUGGCAACACUUUAAAGCUCCUCUAAGUUGGGGGGACGCGGGUGGCGCUGUGGGUAAAACCUCAGUGCCUAGGGCUUGCCGAUCGCAUGGUCGGCGGUUCGAAUCCCAGCAGCGGGGUGAGCUCCCGUCUUUCAGUCCCAGCUCCUGCCCACCUAGCAGUUCGAAAGCACUCUUAAGUGCAAGUAGAUAAAUAGGUACCGCUUUAUAGCGGGAAGGUAAACGGCGUUUCCGUGUGCUGCGCUGGUGCUGGCUCGCCAGAGCAGCUUCAUCACACUGGCCACGUGACCUGGAAGUGUCUCCGGACAGCGCUGGCCCCCGGCCUCUUAAGUGAGAUGGGCGCACAACCCUAGAGUCGGACACGACUGGCCUGUACGGGCAGGGGUACCUUUACCUUUACCUUUAAGUUGGAAUAGCUUAAAGAACAAUGAGCCGUCUCUGCCCUCAGCCCAACAAUAUUCUUCACAAAAAGCAUUGUAGCUAAAAAGAUCUUUCUGCACACAGCCCCGGGCAGCAGAAGCACCUCCUCUGGCAGCACCUGCACCAGCAGCUGCCGCAGCCCUUCCCACAGGCGUCUUCACGGAUAUUCCAAUCAGCAAUAUUCGCAAGGUAAGGCAUCACCGUUGUCGCCUUAGGGUGUGUGUUAGCAGUCAAUGCCUCUUGUUGAGCAUCAUUCAAGUGUGAAGGCUUGGCUUGUUGACCUCUUAAGUGCUUCCUGUGAACAGGUGCUAGCAGAUGUUUUAGCACAGAGUUUUAGCACACAUAGCCUCCAAAUGCUAGUCUUGGAGUUCCCAUCAUGUCAAGGGUGGUAUCGUACAGAUGUGUGCCAUGCUUUAGAGUAGCAAAAGGGUAGAAAAAAGGUGAUUCCUACCUUGAGAAGUUCACAUUUUAGAUGCAGGGGGGCAAGGUAAUAAGGAGCUAAUGGGAGCAAAAGUAUGUGUGCUUUUUUCUGGCUGUGGGCGAUGACAAAGGAAUUAGGCUAAAGGCUGCACGUGAAAAGUGUGUUUUGAGGAAGAGAGAGGCCACUCCUACCUGACAUUUGGGGAGGGUAAGCUGUGUGGCACAUUUAAACAGUUCCACCCAACUGAAAGCCACCAAGCUUGGAUAUGGCACCAACUCUUGGCAGAAUACGUUGUGUCUUAAUUUCUUGUCCUGCUGUCUGUACUUGCAGGUGAUUGCCCAGCGUUUGAUGCAGUCUAAGCAAACGAUACCUCACUACUAUCUCUCAGUCGAUGUAGACAUGGGAGAAAUACUGGUGCUAAGAAAAGAGCUCAACCAGGUAACCUGCUGUGGUGGGAGAAGAUUUGUGAUGGCAUUGUAGGUAGUCCCUAAAACAAUAUUGUGGCUUCCUAUGUUGUAGGGGGCUGCAGCUCUGUAAUGAUUUAAUGUUUCCUUGAGUUUUCCGUCUGUAGAAGUUUUAACAUACCGUAUUUUUCGCACCAUAGGAUGCAGUUUUCCCGUCUUAAAAACUAAGGGGGAAAGUCUGUGCGUCCUGUGGACGAAUGCAGGGGGGGGGGCAGGCAGGAAAAGCCCCCAAGAGCCACACACAAGCUUCGCGCGGCUCUUGCGGGCUUUUCCCCAGGAGGGAGAAGGGACUGACGCGGUCAGUCAGUCGCUUCUUAAUAAUAAUAAUAAUAAUAUCUUUAUUGUCAUUGCCCCCUUCGGGGACAACGAAAUUACUUGACUGCUCCAUAAAAACACUAAUUAAUCAAUACAGUAUAAUACAGCAAGGGAGAUUAGAUGACUUUCAAAGUCCGGGCUUCCCAUUCAGGGCCGAGAUCGCUCUGGAGAAGAAGCUGUUCUUAAGACGGCUCUGCUCUUGUCUUCAUUGUCCUGUAUCUCCGUCCCGACGGCAAGAGCUCGAAGAGACAGUGACCAGGAUGCGAUGGAUCUUUUACUAUGUCCAGUGCCUUCCUAUGGCACCUUGUGGCAUAAAUCUGCUCUAAGGUGGAGAGUGGGCAGCCAACAAUGCUCUCUGCUGCCUUAACAACCCUGCACAACCCCAUCCUGUCCUGGGUAGUACAGCUUCCGUACCACACACAUAAGCCAUAAGUGAGCACGCUCUCAAUGGCACAGUGAUAGAAGGCAAGCAGCAGUUUCCUCCUCUAGAAAAGCCUUGCGCGCCUCUCCAGUCGCAGGAGGCUGAGCAAGGCUAAAGAGGAAGCCAGGGCAGCGAGCGCGAUCCAUCCCCUCGCUGCCCGGGCUUCCUCUUUAGCCUUGCGUGCCUCUCCAGUUGCGGGAGGCUGAGCAAGGCUAAAGAAGCCAACUUUUAAAAAAUCUCUCUAUCUCUACCUCUUUUUCUUUUUUCGUCCUUUCUCCACCCCCUUCUUUUCCUCUGGAUCAGUGUUUUUAUCUAGAUUAACGUUUUAGUUUGGAGGGGGGGAUAUUAUAAAAAAGGAAACUUUGCAGCUUUUAUUUUAGUAUACAAUAAAAACAGAUUAAACAAAACACAAAAGAAGGAAAUAGCACAGAAGAAGAAGAGAAAAGGGAAAGCCAUUUACCAGAGGUAGAUCUUAACCCUUGCCUCACCUGGGAGCUUCUCUGGGCAGGAAUUCCCUCGGCUUAAGUGGGGUGGGGGGAGAGUGGCAGGUGGCGGGUUACCUACCUAGACACUGAAGCCACAUGUCUCUCCAAUGAAAAUUGGGAGUGGGCAUUGUGUGAAGUGGCUGUGGAUCUCCUGCCGCAGACGUGUAGGACUGUAUAGAGUUGGGAGGGCCACCCGAGGGUCAUCUAGCCCAGCCCCCUCACAAUGUAGGAAUUACAGCUAAAGAACGCCAAGCAGAUGGUCCCCCAACUGCUGCUUAAAAGCCUCCAGUGGUGGAGAUCCCCAACACCUUCCAAGGUCAUAGAAUUGCAGGGUUGGAAGGGAACCCCAGGAGUCAUCUAGUCCAGCCCCGGUGGACAGCGGGCACGAUCCAUCCCAUUGUGCAAGGCUAAAGAUGCUGCUCAAGGCUAAAGAGGAAGCCAAGGCAGUGAGCGGGAUGGAUCGCGCUCGCUGCCUUGUCUUCUUCUUUAGCUGCGCUGGAGAGGUUUAGCUCCUGGCUGGAGAGGUUGCGCGGCUAUGGAUCCCGCUCGCUGUCUUGGCUUCUUUGCUCUUUGGGGCUGGGGGGGGGGGACCCAGGCUUCCCCUGCAGCCCCGAGAAGCUCUGGGAGAAGCGGACAGGCUGCACGCAGCCUGUCCCUUGCUCUUUGGGGCUGUGGGGGGGAAUAAUUUUUUUCCCCUUGAUUUCCCCCUCUAAAAACUAGGUGCGUCCUGUGGUCCGGUGCGUCCAAUAGAGCGAAAAAUACGGUAAUACAAAACAGCCUACCAUCCAUGGAUAUUCCAGCAGUGUACGCAUUUACAUGCAUUUCUGGUUUCCCACAUUGUAUUCCCAGUCAAGACCACAGAAUAUGUAACAAAAGAUUGUAAACUAUAAGGGAAAGACUAUAUCAGAGCUAGUUCUGUGCGUUGUUUUAUUCUCUACGUUAUUAGAAGUGAAAUGAGAGAAAGUUGCACAAUGCUCGGGGAAAUAAACCUUCUUAUUCAAUUGGAAUAAAAAUCUUUCAUUCUGAGACUUAGGCUUAGGAGAAGUAUGAUGUGUGUUGUUGGUAAACUGGAGGAAGAGGGGAAACCACUCAAGUUGUAUGCUCUGGGUUUUUCAGCCUGAUUGACCUGUCUGCAUUAGACAGACAGCCUGCUCUUGCUUGCAUUGCCUUCUGUAUACAGUGGUACCUCGGGUUACAGACUCCACUAAGCCAGAAAUAGUGCUUCAGGUUGAGAACUUUGCUUCAGGAUGAGAACAGAAAUUUUGUUCUGGCAGUGCGGCAGCAGCGGGAGGACCCAUUAGCUAAAGUGGAGCUUCAAGUUAAGAACAGUUUCAGGUUAAGAACGGACCUCCGGAACGAAUUAAGUUCUUAACCCGAGGUACCACUGUACUUAGGUUCACUGACUCCUUGUGUAACAGCUGGCCUUGAAUAGCUGCUUUCCACAAUCAUUGUAAUUAUGUGGAAUACAUGGUUGCAUAAAUUCAUACUUUUUCAGCCUUCUAAGGUGACCCUGGCAGAUGAACAGUUUUGCAGAUAUGUCCAUUCUGUCUCUCUUUUUUUUGCAGGAGAUGCCGCAGAACACUAAGCUUUCUGUCAAUGACUUCAUAAUUAAGGCUUCAGCUCUGGCUUGCAUGAAAGUGCCUGAAGCAAAUUCCUCUUGGUUGGACACAGUCAUUAGACAGUAAGUGUACAGUCUUUAAGUUAGCAAGUAAAUUUCAUAAUUGUUGGCCCCAUCGUAACUGCAUGCUGGAACUGUGUUGCAGCAGUAGAGAGGCAGCAGCUUGAUGUCUUUUUGUGCAAUUAAAUUGAAGGGGGUCAGGGUGGGGGAGGUUUGCUUAUGGUAUAAGGCAUCCAAUAAUGGAUUGUGAAAGUGCCUUCCAAUUUCUGUUCAAGUCUGAAUUUCUUUUGAGUUGCUAGGUUCAUACAGAUGGACCCCCACCCCUUUUGUCUUCCAGGAAUCAUGUAGUCGAUGUAAGCGUUGCAGUCAGUACUCCAGCAGGGCUUAUAACCCCAAUAGUAUUUAAUGCACACAUAAAGGGAUUGGCUUCCAUUAACAAAGAUGUUGUAACAUUGGCAACCAAAGCUCGCGAAGGGAAGUUACAGCCACAUGAAUUUCAGGUAAGCUACAUGGAGCAGGAGUGAUUUCCAAAGGUGUGACUGUGCUCUGGAUUUGCUUUCUGAGAGAUGAGAAAAAUGUUUUGUAGUGGUGAUGGUUGUUUAGCAAACAGUUUCUCAGAGCCACCCUUUUAUGUUCCACAGCUGACAGCAUACCAUACACAGUAGUUUGUCAAAGAAUGCUAAUGUAUUUAUUUCCUUUCAGGGAGGAACUUUUACAGUCUCAAAUUUAGGAAUGUAUGGGAUUAAGAAUUUCUCUGCGAUUAUCAAUCCACCACAGGCUUGUAUUUUAGCAGUUGGUGCCUCUGAGAAAAGGCUGGUUCCAGCAGAUAAUGAGAAGGGGUAAGUUUUUUUUUUUAAGUACCUCUUUAAAUAGGGUAGCACCCAAGGGAAUUUGUGUGGCCUGGUUUACAUGCAUUGUUAAAUCAUUGUUUAAAAUGAACUAUGGUUUAACAUGCACUUUGCUUCUCCCGUGCUCCUGGUCGUUCCAUGGAGUAGAGGAAACCAACUUCUUGUGACAUACGACUCCAGGCUCAUGGUUUAUUUCUCUCCUAUCAAAUCACAAGUGGCAGCCAAGUUUUCUUCUUAGCUUCACUGCUUGUGGUUUAGAGGAGACGAAGCACAAGCCUGGAUUCACAUCUCACAACAAGCUAGACCAGGCAUAGGCAAACUCGGCCCUCCAGAUGUUUUGGGACUACAACUCCCAUGAUCCCUAGCUAACAGGACCAGUGGUCAGGGAUGAUGGGAGUUGUAGUCCCAAAACUUCUGGAGGGCCGAGUUUACCUAUGCCUGAGCUAGACCUAGCUUGUUUCUCCUAGGGCAUGGUACACUCAGGUGCAAAGUGCAUGUUAAACCCAGUUUAUUUCAAAUCAUGGUUUAACUUUGUGUGCAAACCAGGCCAGUAUAUACCUGUAGCCAGGAAAAGUCCAGAAUUUGUAUAAAAGAAAAAACUAAAAAUGGCUGGUCAUGUUUAUGCUAGUUAUGUACAAGCUGUGUGCCCCCAAAGGCAGCCCCAUUGUUACUGCUUUGUUCCUUGCUGAUUUAAUCCUUGAUUACUGCAUUUUGCUUUUAUUCCUUUUUUUAAAAAACUUUUUUUUCCAUUCCUAUUGAUGGGUUCAUGGAGGAGGUUGAGCAUUUGAAAUGUGCUUUUUUCCCCACCCCAGAUUUGACGUAACCAGCGUGAUGUCUGUCACGCUUAGCUGUGACCACCGCGUUGUGGAUGGAGCAGUUGGAGCCCAGUGGCUGGCCGAGUUCAAGAAGUUCCUUGAGAAGCCUGCCACCAUGCUGCUAUAAUCCCUUGAGGCCACCAGGACUUUCUUAGGUCACAUCACUUCAUUCUAAAGAAGCUAUUUAUAUAUCUAGUGUUUAGACUUUUAAACAAAUGUUCCCUUCUUUAUUUUUUAAAAAAAUCUUAUCUAAAUAUAUAUAUAUGGUUGCUGGUAAUUUUUAUUACCAGUUGUACAUAUUAAAAUGGUUUGCAUAGGCUUUCUGGAGCCUGGUUCGGUUAUACUGUAUUUUAUACAGGGAAAUGAAUUUGCAAACUUUCCCCCCUCCUAAAUAGCCCAAAGUGAUUGAAAUCAUGUGGAGGAGCUCGUGCUUCUGAUCAAGGGAACACAGGCCCACCCAGCAACCUGAUGACUCAUUCUGUGUUCCCAAAAACAGAGGAACCAAGAUUGUAAAAGCAAACAAAAACAAAAACACAAGUUGAACUAUCUGGUGGCUGAAAUCCCCUUACCAGCAAAGACAGGGAGCUUGUGCAUUCUGUCCUCCUGUCCUUUUAGAUUAGCAGGCUGUCCUGAAGGAUGGAAGAGAACAGGGUUCCCUAAUGGUCCACAUGCCAGCUUUUUUCUAGAGUUCAGCAGUUAGAUUUUAUAGCCACAUGAAUUCUUUGAGAGCACUUUAACUCAAUAACUUCAAUCAGACUCCCCACAUUGUAUGGCAACAUUUCUUUUUUGAAGUAAUGCUGACCAUAUAUGUUCUUUCUAGUGCAUUUUAUGAACUUUUCAUCUUUUUUGGCAUUAAAUCUUUCAUUUUAAGAGACUGCUUCCCCCCCUCUAGUUUAGUGAAUUCUGCUUCACUUGAAGCAGGAGUCAUUGUUCAGGGAAAUGAUGAAAUUCAUUAGGGGCUGAUAAACAUAAACCAAUGCGGUCUGAACAACUGGAUGCUGACUUUAGGGUUCCCUCCCCCCCCCUUCCACAUUGUUGACCCUAGGAAGCUCUGAGAGGUGUUGGGACUAGGUGCAAUCCAAAUGGGACUUGUCCUGUCAUUGAAAUGAAUGUGAGGUCAUGGUCUUCCUUCAUAUAAAAAAAGAUUGUGCAGAAAAGAUAACCAUAGUGGCUUGUGACCACUGGCCAUAAUUCAGAGUAAAUGAGUUUUGCUUAAGUUCCAUUGAAAUCAAUGGGACAGGUUAGUUGUGACUUGAAGUCCUAUUCAUUUCAAAAUAGGUGCGACUAUAUUUCUCUGAAUUGGGGUCAGUUCUGUAACAACUUUGUCUUUUGCCAAUCCCAGCCUUGGGGAAGUGGCAAAAUUUAUUUGGCCAUGUAAAUAGUGUAAAAAUUUAAAUUGCUUGGAAUGGUUUUCUUUUGAAAUUGUGCCCAUUUGCAUUUAAGAUUGUGUCCACAAAGGGAAGGAUUCUCUAGUGGAAAACACUCCCAUGUUUGCUUUCCAAAGAAAAUGUUAAUUUACAAAGGAGGAUCAUGUAAUAGCCAAGUGACGUGACCUGGAGAGCCAAGUAUACCAUUAAUAAAUAUACCCAAAAUUAUUCUGUACGAUAUACAUUGCAUUAAGUAUUGUAAAGUUGUGCUACCAAAUCCACUAAAAGAAUAUUCAAGGUGGUUAUACUGUGGAGAUUAAAUAUUUUUCUGAGACCCAUCUAAUAUUUUGUUAAUUUAGUUGCUGUUUUGCAUAAAAUCUUUUACUGUUUUGGUAAGAAGCAAGUUGCACUUAAAACGUCCUAACUCAGUUCCCGUCUGGCCAGUUAGGCCAGUUGUGUUCCAUUAAAUGUUUAAAAUUUAUUAGAUGGCU